CGGAAGUAUCCUGUCCUCCUGCCACGUCAGUGGUGUUUAGCUUGAAGCUGUCAAGUGCCUGAGAAGGUUCAGCAAAUCAGCUGUAGCUCAACGGAGGAGACUUUCUGUGAAUUUUAAAUAAUAAUUUCAUUUUUUCCCCCAAAUAAACACCAUGAGAUACCCUUUUAUUUUAAUUUUGGCUGUGUAUAUAGCCGUUGCAAAUGCCACCGAAUUAACUUUUGAAUUGCCCGAUAACGAGAAACAAUGCUUUUACGAGGACCUAGAGCAAGGAGCAAAGUUUGAUGUAGACUUUCAGGUUAUUGCUGGAGGAAACUAUGAUGUUGACUGUUUUGUGACAGAUCCACUGAAUAAUCUGCUGUAUCAAGAACGAAAAAAGCAAUAUGACAGCUUUUCCCAUACAACAACCAUGAAGGGAGUGUACAAGGUCUGCUUUAGCAAUGAGUUCUCAACCUUCUCUCACAAAACUGUUUAUCUGGACUUCAGAACUGGAGAGGAUGACAGAUUAAUGCCUGACAUGAACAGAGUAACAGCUCUCACACAGAUGGAGUCAGCCUGCCUGUCUAUCCAUGAGAUCCUGAAAGUGGUUUCAGACUCUCAGACUUGGUAUCGUCUUCGGGAGGCUCAGGACCGUAUCAGGGCUGAAGACCUGAGUGAACGUGUGCACUUUUGGUCCAUUGGGGAGACCAUCAUCCUGUUUGUGGUCUGUAUUGGCCAGGUGCUUAUGCUUAAGAGUUUCUUCAAUGAGAAGAAAGCCAAUGUUGCCACCAGCACAUAGACCUAGGUUUCUAGUCUGCCAUCUUCUCUCCAUUAAUCAGCUGAUUAAUCAGUCUGAUCCUCUUAAAACAAGCUUGACUGAUGCCUACAACCAACCAAAAAUUACCUCUGUCAAACAAAAUGCCUUAAUUAUAGAGUAAUGCACUAAAAUGCUAUGCAGAGUUCAAUAUCUUGUGUAGUAUAUUCAAAUUGGCCUCUAUGUACAUUACUCACAAUUGCAGUAAUAGAAACUGACCUGCUGCACCAUUAUUCUGGCAUCUCUUAAUGUUUUUUGUUUGUACUAAUGGUGUUUUGUGAAAUUUCUACUUUGUCCACUUUAAAUAUGUGCACUUUAAAUGCAUAUGUCUUAACAUACACUUUAUUUAGAAAAGGAAGAAUAGUUUUGGUGGUUUGUGUUUUGGUAAUUAUGUCAAUAUAAUAAUGAAUGACUGUAUUGAACCUAUGUUUUUCUGUUUAGCAAAGCCCUUCUUUGUUUAUCCCACAUUCAAAAGGGAAAAAUCCAUGGUGAAUAAUUUAUGUAUGUAGAUAUAUCUGGCAAAAAAUGAAAUGGUUAUUUAAAAAUGUAUAAUUUUCUUUUUAAUUAUAAAUCCUGUCACACCAUUACUGUUUUUUUCUCAACUCUUAAGUUACUUUGAGGAUAUGGAACAAGGGCUUGCACAUAUUUUUUUGACUCUAACUGAAACAUCUACUUAAUGUGCAAUUCAAAAGCUGUUUUAUAGGCACAUUACAUGUUCUUUGGAUAUUUGUUACAACCAUAUCUUAUUUUGUAUACCUCAGCACAGGAAGACGAAUUGAUUUGUGACAUCUAUUGAUUUAUUGUGUAAUUAAUACCAUAAAUUGAGUUGUUUAUA